AUUUGAAUAGAAGUUAUAUAUAACUAGACCCAACAGCCAUGCCGCGCUCACAUACACUCUCCAAGCACGCAGAAGAUGCCUCUAAGGCUCAGAAGCGCAAUAGUCGACGCACAUCCUACACGGGCGCAGAGGGCGAGAGAGACUAUACUCAGAGACAUCCGAUCACGCGGAAGUCUAGUACGAGAGAUGAGACACGUAAGUCUGUCAAUAGAAAGGAUAGUGGUUGUAGAUGCACCUUAGCCCUAUCCAGUACUAUUCCCACUCCGAGUCCUCCGUCAACCCCUACAUCUAGCACGGUGACGCCAAUUCUGGCCCAAUUACCGCCGAGCCUUGAACAAGAUGUCGAGGCAGACAUAAUCCAGACACACACUCAGAAUUAUAGCGCACACACGCAGAAUCGGAAUCACAAUACACACACACACAAUCUCAACCACAACACACAUGCAUGCUCACAGGAUUACGGCGGCGAUGUGUCCACUCAAAAGCAUAGCACGCACGCACCCAUGACGACACACACACAACAAUACACACGAUCGAGCGCACAGAUACGAACAGAGUCGUGUGUCUCGUCACACACGGACGGGGUCGGGAGCAACACUAACAAUGUGGUGGAGGCGACAGUUGAGGAUGCUGCACACGCUGGUAGCACAGCCAGAGUCAACACUAGCAUACAGCGCAAGCAUCUCUCGCGCACGCUGGAGUACAAUCAUGAGAGGGAGCUGUUCAUGAAGAUCCGGUUGCUGCACAUGUGGGCCAGCCAGGAUGUUCGGUACUUUAUGCAGAAUAUCGGGACGUGUGUGCACGAUGGGCAUCUCAUAGCGCACCGAUGUCAUGAGUGUGUGACUCUGUAUCUGACUUACCGGAAGAUCCUAAGUAUGCCAUUCUUCGAACGCAAUGAGAACGCGGCCCGUUCAGUCGUAGUCAACUGCUUCCUGGGCUUCGCUGAUGCAUGCGGGUCCACGUGUGUGACCAGCAAAGCACGGCAACGUCUGAUGAAACGCGUCGACAACGGUAUUUCGGGAUGCCUCGCGCGCGUGGUCAGGACAAGUGCGGAGGUGGAAUACACUGAGAGUCUGAGGAAUUGGUACAGCAUUGUACACACACAGACCGAUGCAUCGCCUCUUCAUGCGCACGUGGCCAAGACCCACCCCACACUCCACCAGCGACACAAACACCACGGUUCACACAAGGGUCGUCACGAAGACGAGCAUGGAUACAGACGCCGCAUAUUCUUCGAUCUGUUAGAUAUUGUCACGUUGGAUUUAAGCGAGACUGGAGCGUCUGGGCUCAUAGGGAUACUGUAUCAGAGUGGGGGCGAUGUCGACAAGUUGCCACCUCUUUAUUUGGCUAUUGUGAAGAGUAUGCGACAAACCGUGGCGGACAGUUUUUACAAUCUAAGAUGCGAGCGGGAGAGGAGUAAGGCGCAACGGAGGGAUUCCAAGGCAGAGGCAGUCCUCGCACACCCUGACUACACAGAUAUCCUAGUACCAAUCGCUUCUCGCCUUGAGAUACCUCUCAUACCACUUGCCAAUCACAUCAAUCAAUGGCGCGAUGGAGGGCACAAAGCUGAUGCGACAGUACAAACCACGCGACCUGCCGCUAAGAACGCUCUAAUCGUGUACACAAGCGGAACCACUGGCAAACCCAAAGGCGUGCUCUUGUCGCAUGGUAAUGUGGACCACCAGAUACGAGGCUUGGUCGAGGCCUGGCACUGGCAACCCACUGAUCAUCUGCUGCAUGUACUGCCCUUGCACCAUGUGCAUGGCAUUGUUGUAGCGCUGCUAGGCGCUCUCUAUUCCGGUGCUAUAUGCGAGUUUCAUCCAGUGUUCUGUGAGACCUCUGUUCUGAGUAGACUGAGCGGUAUGGCCCCUGCUCAUUUCGGUAAGAGGAGAAGUGGUCUACAAAUGGGCUAUUUAUCGCACAAUGAUGAGAAAAGUGAGAAUGUUAGCAAGCAGACAAAAAUAUCUUCGCCAAAUAUGUUCAUGGCUGUGCCUACGAUCUAUGCGAAAUUGCUGCAAAGACAUCGAGCGCUACUAGCCAACGAAGCGGAUGUGUCUGCAGAACUUCACGACAAACUGAAGCAAAACCUGCGCCUCAUGACAAGUGGCUCUGCACCUCUUCCGAUAUCAGUCAUGGAUGAGUGGAGGCGAGUUUCGGGACACACGCUGUUGGAGCGUUACGGCAUGACUGAGACGGGUAUAUGUAUAUCCAACUCGUAUGAGGGCGAGAGGGUCCCUGCCGCUGUCGGAAAGCCCAUGCUUGGUGUCGAGGCAAGAAUAGCAAACGUCGAUAAUCUCGAGGUUGUGCAGGAUAUCGCGGACGGUGAAUCCGGGAUACUGCUGAUCCGGGGUGCUGGUGUGUUCAGAGAGUAUUGGGGCAAUGUCAGGGCGACCGCAGAAUCGUUUGUGGACGGGCAGUGGUUUGUAACUGGCGAUGAAGCGGUAAGGGAACCGAAUGGCGUCAUACGCAUCUUGGGACGAGCCAGUUCGGAUAUACUGAAAACGGGCGGAUACAAGGUAAGCGCCUUGGAAGUGGAGAAUGUCCUGUUAGAGCAUCCAGAGGUGAACGAGUGCGUGGUCUAUGGCACUCCUGACGAAGUAUGGGGCGACCGGAUAACUGCGAUGGUCGUGCAGCACAACCCCAAGCCUGAACUAAUGAUUGAGGACCUCCGAACUUUUGCCAAGUGCAGGCUGGCUGAUUACAAAUUACCAUCCCGUCUCGUCUUGAAGGAAACGAUACCUCGCAAUGCUAUGGGAAAAGUGAACAAAAAGGCGCUUGUGAAAGAUAAGGCAAACUGGUAGAGGCUGGUUAUAGACCUGGGUGCACGAACAAUCUUCAAUACAUACAUGGUGAACGCUGACUUUUAAUGACUUGAAUAGAGAUGAUUUUUCUGGUCCGAAAUGCUGAUAGUAGGAUACAAUGGGGAGGGGAAUUACUUACCACAUUGUUAUCCAAUGGCUGAGGUCGCUCUGCAGAUCCCGACUAUUCUGUACCUUUUUGUAAAAGUCUAUAUAAGGUAGAUCCUUCUCCAUCCAGAAUCAAUGGUCUUUUGUAUUAUCUGAUUUUUGGCCGCAUGCCAUCGAUUCUCCUGUGUUUGCAUAGGCGUGCGAGGACACCACGUUUGAAAGUCGUAUUCAGUUUCAGUACUAGUAUUGCCACCAAGUCGUGGGAAUAGUAGAUGAUUCCGUAAUGAAGCAUUCAUUAAACCAAUAUAAUCAGGUUGCUGUGACCCGCAAAGACAAC